UAUUUGGGUUACUCCAUUGUGUCAUUCGAUCACACCAAUAUUUAAAGCCUAGCCCUGAGUAUUCACCCUGGAAACGGAGGUGUUUAUAACAAAACAAUAGACAGACUGUGUAGCAGAGUGGAACCUGAUGGUGUCUGAAGGAGGGGGGAGUAACCAAUGGCUACAUAGUACACACAAAGUGGGAACACGUUUGUACCAGAUGAAAAUUAAAAAAUAAAUAAACAUCUGGUAUGUAGGCUACACAUAGUAGUAGGAUGUGCCUCAUAUGACUCAUAUUGACUGUACGAACAUGGCACUGUGACAAUCUCAGCACAUCAGGAGAGCUCAACUUACUAGAGUACGUCAUAUCCAUACACAUAUAUAGAUAUGUCUAUUCGUCAUAUCCAGUGUCGCGUUUUACGUAUCGACUCCUCAUUUGUUGUUUGUCUCGCGGAGUUCAACGUUGACGGAUCCAACCUGAAAGCCAGGCGAUACAGUCCCGUAGUGAGCGCUCUCGUAAAAAUUAUAGCUCUGUGCCACGAGUCGAUGAAGGGGAUUUCUACCGCAGGGGUUUUCCACACCGGAGACAAACUGGUCUUAUCCGCCGAUAGUGAGGGCUUAUUUGCGCCCGAAGGCACUUGCAACGCGUGUGUCGCUUGCUGAUCUCUUGAGUUUCAACAGCCAUAAACACGUCUAAAGAGAUGAAGAUGCUAAUAACCUGCACCCAAUUGACAGGUAGGCAAUAUACAACGAAUGUAUAAUACACCUGUGCGUAGACUUUGUUCAACUAUUUGGUGUCCUGUACACUAAACUACACUGCAGCCGUUGUCAUUACUGUAGUAAAAACUUAACAAACCCAAAACAACCAGAAAGUCAGACAUCGACACAACCUGCUCAAAAUCAGCCGAGCUUAUCUGACACAAUCAGCAUAUCGGUCAGACCCAUACCUGCCAACAUUUGAAUACGACUCCCCAAGACUUCGAUAAGUGGGGUAGAACCUUUUAAUUUGCCACAGACAGAGAAAACCUCUGCUAACCUAUCUUAGCAUAGAUUCAGAUAGAUUCUAGACUGAAAUCAAUGAACUAUGCUAAACUAGGUUUGUUAGCGGAAUAAUGGAUGCAUCGUGACAAAAGCUAUUACAAACUUAUCGAAGUCUUGGGGAGAAGUGAGAAAAAAAUUACUUACCUUUCAGAAGUUGGGUUGUCUUCGUUCCUCCCAGACGAAGACUUUCUAGCAAUUACGGAGUCCGGGAACAUCGAUGCCACAGUGGCUGAAUACUCAGGCAUCACAAAAGGAAAACGAGAUGAUAUUUUUGCCCUAUUGGUGUAUGUGUUCAGUCAGCUCUCUGCGGCUCCUGUGACACUCCAUUGUGAGGGGAAAGUGCAACUAAACGGAUCCUACGGGUUUACACUGCAGCCCAUCAUUACGGACCUUCUUAAGGAUCCCUCCUGUGAAGUACAGUUGAUUACUGAGAAUACUGUAAGGGCUAUAUAUGAGAAGGGGAAUGUGCCUGCCUACUUGUCAUCACCAGUCCUUAAAGCCACGAUGCACCAUUUCACUUUGAGCAACUGCCCCAACUCCGUCACACUGGAUGUAGAUUGCCCACACAGACAAAAGGUCCCAAGAACAGUACACUGCCAUUGUUCAGUCCAGUCCAUAACCUCCACUUCCACACCGCUAACCUCAGUAUCGAAGGCAGACAACACCAACAGUGUUGUCUCUGGUGUUGCUAUUGGUCUUGGUCUUGGUCUUGUUGGUGUCGCUGCCAUUGCCAUUGCCAUCACCUGGUUCAUCUUCAAACACAGGUAUGUUAGGAUGAAACAUUCUCUCCGGUGUUCACAGGGAGAGUCUAAUUUUAUGUCAUUGAAUUGUUUGUUAAUUGUUAUUGUGUUUCCCUCGCUUUGUUAUUGCUACCUACUAACAGCAAGAAGAGGAAUGAUGUCUUCAUGAAGAAAAACAACAGAGGCACAUCAGCAAGCAGCUCCACUGAUGAACUUGGUGCUGCAAACAUGAUGCUCAGACACGACGAUCAAGCCUGACCUGCAGUGAUGUUAAUGCAUUGUAAUGCACAGUCCUAGCUCUGUAAAUGGGAAACAAAUGUAUGGCUCGGACCAAGCAAUACACUAUUGAACACAUUACUUCAAGAGCACUGAAGGAAAGGGUGUAAUUUGAUUGGCUGUCACACUCAAAUAUCAACAAAAUUGUGCCAGAAUUGCAGACUGUUCCUUUAAAGCAGCAAUAUGGAGUUCUGUUCCAAAACUA